UUUCUCCAAACACACUGUUCCUCAGUAAAAACAGCGUAGUUCCCAGUCUGCAUGUUGAGUGACUGACGUAAUAGUGAAUUUAAAGGAAAGUAUUCUUCUUUCUUUACAUCGAUGGAAGAAGAGAAUGAGCUGUUGAUAUGAGUAUGGAGCUUUCAUCUUUACUUCAUGACCUUCAUCUCUCCCCCUCCCCCUCCUCAGAUAAGCUCCUACCUUCUUCCUACCUUCCUCCUAUCACAGAGCUCCUGUCCCGGCUGCAGGAGAAGCUGAUUGAUCCACCCUCAGACUCUGAAACAAACGCCCUGAUUGGUCAUGUGGAACAGCUCUUCAAAAAAGCAGAUCCAAAUUGGCUGUUCUCAGCCAAUCAAGAUGAGGGGUGGGCGGAGCUUCAGGAGGCAUACAGCAAUUUGGUCAGCGCUCUGAUUGGCUGUGCAGCUCUGCCGAUCUGUGAAGACGACUGCAGCUCUUUGCCUGCCGUAGCCUAUCGGAUCGUCCCAAGUCUAGCUCAAGCAGUAUGCUCUGCCCUCACGGCGCUGCUUGGAACUAUGGGAAAUGGAGGCAGUCGAUCUGGUCUGCUGCUGGCUCUAGCUCCACAUUUGUGUGUGUUCGCUGUCACUCAUUUCCAGGACCAGCCCUGGACCAGCUCCUCCUCCAGAGCUGGGGCUCGGAGCCUUCAGGAGGUUCUGCUGAGGACAGGGGGCUGGAGGGACUCCCCCCACCUCCUGAUGGGGGACGGGACUCAGACAAACGAGGGCGAAGAGGAAGGGAAGAACAGAGGGAUUUUUGGAGGAAUCCUGGACAUCCUGCAGCCUCAACUGACCAAAGACUUGUGGCAUCGAUGUGAAGCAGUGAAGCUCGUGUUCGCGUGGACGCUCCUGCAGGUGACUCGUCCCUCUCUUUCCCCUCACCUCUCCCGCCUCCUUCCCCCCUCCCUCCUCCUCACAGACAACUACAGACAAGAGAACUGCAUUCUGGGAGUAUGCUGUCUGCAUCACAUUGUACUCAACACGCCUGCUGCAGAUCUACGUCAGUUCAACAGAGCAGAAGUUCUCUACCAGGCGUUAUUCAAACAACUGUACACUACAGACGCUGCGGUAAUCCAGCCGGUCCUAUCCUGUCUCCUGGACUUGUUGGUGGUUUUGGAGAAGCCCCCCUCCUCUCUCGCCCCUUCCUCAUGUCGCAGGAAGCCCUGUCGGCAUGACGACGUGCUCCGUCUGGUCCUGACUCACAUGGAGGCCGAGCACAAGUUGGAGCUGCGGCGUGUCUACGCCUCUGCUCUGCCUCUGUACAUGGACAGGAUGGGCGUGGCGGUGUGCAGACACCUGCGGCAGGUGGAGCGGGUGGUGCUUGGAUACCUGGAGGUCACAGAUCCACCUGAAGAGACGAGUAGACUGAAGAUCCUCGAAGUCCUGCAGAAAACCACCAGAGCAGCCUGGCCACGGAUGGCGUGUCGUGUUGCUGCGUUGCUGCGUUGCCUGUUGAAGUUGCUGGUUGCUGUGUCCUCAGACCGUCAGCUUAGUGACUCAGUAAAGCAGAAGCUGAUGAGUGAGACGUCUCUUUGUCUGAAGCUGCUGGACGGCUGCUGCCAUGGAGACCUGCAGCUCCCCCUUCGACAGGUCGACAGCAGCUGUUGCUGUUCUGAGGUGCUCGGCUGCUUAGCGACAAUAACUGGGACGACAGAGAGGUGUUGCAGCAGAACAUCUGAAACAUAACAUAGUCCCACUGAAGGGUGUACAAAUGGUCUUUUUCAGAUUUUCAGAAAGCAUGGAGACAUGUCCCAGUAGAGGCAUUACAUACAAAUAUGAACCUGAAAAUGAGCAGAAUAUGUCCCCCUUAACAAAGCUUCAAAGGUCUGUUAAUGUUAGCGCGGUUUUAUAAAUGUAUGAUUUGUAUAUAAUGUGUAAACCGUUAAUACAGGUCCCUUUGUCUGUGACUCAGCGUGAUCUUUUGACAGCAGUGAAAAUGUUGUUUUUGAAAAGACAACUAAUACUGAUGGAAGCAGAAUAUUUGAUAGGAUAAAACCAUGGUUUUGGUUAAAUUGUAAUUUUUUCUUAAAUUGUCUUUGGGCCUUGUGACUCUCUGGGGUUAUUGGAAUCAUGCAAAUUGGAAACAGUGCUAAGCAGCCUCCAUUGGAAUGUAAUUCUAGUAUAACUUAAGACUGAUCUAUUGUCAUCUGCAAUAAUACUGGGUUUGAACAAAUUGAAAAAUAUAAAUCUAUGUACAGCUCUACUAGUUGUCUCCAAAGGCAGCUUAGUUUGCUUUUUUCUAACAAAUAUAAGGAAGUAAUGACUUUGCUGCCCUAAUGGAAGGGUGGAGAAGUGUUUAUGACUCAACUAUAGGUCAUGUGAACGCUAUACCUUAUCCCAACCAGUGCCCCUCUGGAACAGGAGCUCCCCCCUCACUCUUCAGCAAACCACACACCUGACCUACCUUAGCCUCACCCUAAGCACACUGCCCUGCAAAAAAACACAACAACAACACUGUCAUCACACCAUGCAGAAAGAACUAAAUUCAACAUAAUCCACAAAACAACCCAGCCAACAUUACGACAAAAUGCACCCACAGUGCUGCAGACUAUCCUUCCCUUGGUUCCCUUCACAGCAGCACAAACUACAUCAUCACACGCUUGCAAAGUUAAUAUAGUUAAAACAUUUUGUACGAGGCUGCGAACAUAAUCAUUUCUACUCUAAAGUUCGGCAGUUUAACAAGGACUGCUUUCCUUUUGGAGAAAGCCUCAACGGGCCCUUCGAUGAACUGCAGUUAUCGGCACUGUCAUGUCAGCUUUUAAUAAGGAAAACUGAACAAAACAUUUUUUUGUAAGAUGCUGUAAACAUUUUAUUUCAGUUGAAUAAAAUACUCUUCUAGUUUUUAUUUUAUUUUA